UGAGGAUUGAAUGAAGACCUCGUUUGGUACAGUGUUUUGUGGCGGCUAUCACAGUGGUAGCGCGUGUUCGUCGUAAUUCUAAGGUCUUCUCAUUUCCUGCAUUAUGAGGAUCAUAAAGUCAUCCGAAACAGUGCAAAUUCCUUCCAACAUUAAAGUGAAGUCAAUUAAACGUGUGGUUUAUGUUAAAGGACCUCGUGGAGUACUUAAACGGGAUUUUGGUCAUCUUCCCAUAGACAUCAAGGUUACCCCAAAGAAGGUCGUUGUGACGAAAUAUUUUGGAAAUAAGAAAGAACUUGCUGCCGUCCGGACAGUAUGCUCUCACAUUGGGAAUAUGAUAAAGGGUGUUACUUCUGGAUACCGUUACAAGUUGAAAUCCGUUUAUGCCCACUUCCCCAUUAACAUGAUCACAGUCGCUGAUGGCAAGAAGCUAGAAAUUCGCAACUUUUUGGGUGAAAAAUCAAACAAAUAUGUCCCAAUGGAUUCAGGCGUCAAGGUAUCUCCAACUGGAGUUAAAGAUGAGAUUCAAGUCGAAGGCAAUGACAUUGAGAAGGUUGCAAGAUGUGCCGCUCUUAUUCAGCAGUCCUGCAAGGUACGACACAAGGAUAUUCGGAAAUUCCUUGAUGGUAUUUACGUGUCAAGCAAAGAGUCAAUCGAAGCUGAGUAAAUAAAGUUGUUUAGCACGGUGAA